CUCCUUUUUACUAGAUGCCAAACACAUUUUUUUUUUUUAAAAGAUAGCCCGGAUAAUAACACAAAUGGAAUUUCCACUCUGCUUAUCAAAUACUCAAAAGGAAGAGUGAACCAACCAACUGUUUUAAUUUGAGGAGUAUUUUUUUAUUUUCAUGAAAUACAGAGAAAAGGCUUUUGCCAUGACGACAGACGAGGCGACAGAGAGCCAGCAGAAGAAGCCCAGUCACCAGGAGGUAGAGCCGCGGCAGAUCACUCCGCCCGACCCCCAGGAAGUGGGGCAACGUAGCGCUACUGCCUCGCCCCAGAGUCCCGACUCGCCUUCGCCCUCCUCACCCCAGGAGGAGGUGAAGCUGAGGCCCCGGCAGCGAACAUCGGCUGGCCGUGGCCUCUCCCGUCUGUUCUCCUCCUUCCUGAAGAGGAGGUCCGAGUGUGAGGGGGAAGGGGGAGAGAAGGGAGGGCACGGGGAGGAGGGCAAGGCGCCCAUUGCCGACUGCGAGCCGGAGCUGAGGAUCGAGGGGGACCAAAACCUGGACCUGCACUCCAUCAGCAGCAACGAGGCCCAGCCCUUCCCGACAAACCAGAAGGACGACCCAGACACAGAGAAAGAUUCAGACGACGAGGGCGAGAAGCAGGAGGAGGAAGACGAGGAGAAAGGAAACGAGGACGGUGCCCAGGAGAAGGAGAACGAGGAGCCCAAGCUCGAGGCAGCGGGGGAAGGAGAAGCGAGACAGAACGAGGGGGCAGACGGAGAGAAAGUGGGAGAGGAGAAGACGGCGGAGGGAGAAGCCAAGCCUCCUAAGAUUCCUCGUCGACCCAAGAUCAUGCAGAUCAAAGUCACUCUCCUAGACGACACUCUGUAUGAGUGUGAGCUGGAUAAACAUGCCAGAGGUGUGGAGCUUUUCACCAAGGUGUGUGACCACCUGAACCUGCUGGAGAGAGACUACUAUGGUCUAGCCAUCUGGGAGUCACCCUCCGUCAAGACUUGGAUGGACUUCACCAAGGAGAUCCGUCGGCAGGUCCAAGGUGCAAAGUUAGACAAGAUCUGUGCAGACACACAGUCGUGUACAGGCACCAGCUAUGACUUCACCUUCAACGUGAAGUUCUACCCACCAGACCCGGCCCAGCUCUCUGAAGACAUCACCAGGUACUACUUAUGCCUCCAGCUGCGUAAGGACAUCCUGGGGGGUCGUCUGCCCUGCUCCUUCGUCACGCUGGCCCUGCUGGGGUCCUACGCGCUGCAGUCGGAGCUGGGCGAGUAUGACCCAGAGACCCACGCUCCGGAUUACGCCAAGGACCUGAGACUGGCGCCCGGCCAGACCAAGGAGCUGGAGGAGAAGGUCAUGGAGCUGCACAAGACAUACCGGUCCAUGAGCCCCGCCCAGGCUGACAUGGCCUUCCUGGAGAACGCCAAGAAACUCUCCAUGUACGGAGUGGACCUGCAUCAGGCCAAGGAUCUCGAUGGGGUGGACAUCAUGCUGGGGGUUUGUUCCGGGGGUCUGAUGGUCUACAAGGACAAGCUGAGGAUCAACCGGUUUCCCUGGCCCAAAGUCCUGAAGGUCUCCUACAAGCGCAGCAGCUUCUUCAUAAAGAUACGCCCCUCAGAGUUGGAGCAUUACGAAAGCGCCAUUGGCUUCAAACUGCCAAACUACAAGGCCUCCAAGAAGCUUUGGAAGGUGUGUGUGGAACAUCAUACAUUCUUCAGGCUGACCACCACCGAGGUGGCCACCACUCCCAGGAGGUUCCUGGCGCUGGGAUCCAAGUUCCGCUACAGCGGGCGGACCCAGGCCCAGACCCGGCAGGCCAGCUCCAUGAUCGACAGACCCGCCCCUCUGUUCCAACGCUCGGCCAGCAAGAGGAACUCCCGCAGCCUGGACGGAGCUAUGGCGUCCACACCAGACAAGAGCGCUCGUCCGGUGAGCGCUCCCAUAAUGUCCCCGGUCUCCCCCGGCGACGCCACUCCGUCCCCCAUGCCCUCCGCCGUGCCCCGAGGCGAGCGACGUGAUGCGUCCACCCCCGCCGGUCGCCAGUCACGCUCGGCAGAGAGGAGGAGUAAGGAGGAGGCCAAGGCGGAGAGUCGGGUGGCGGAGAUGUCCAAGACGCAGAGCUCCAGACCGGAGUCCACCACAGAGUUUAAGAGGGAGGGAGCCAGGAGGGAGCGCAGGCACCACGCCCCGGCUGUCACCGCCACCAACGGGACCGAGAAGGAGAGAAAGAGCCAGCAUUCGCCCCGAGAGAGAACCGGCACGGAGGCGGUGCGAGCGAGGAAGAAAAGAGCUAAGAAACUUGAGGGUGAAACUAUUUAUAUCAGACAUAGCAAUUUAAUGUUGGAGGACCUUGAUAAGACCCAGACGGAGAUCAUGCGUCACCACACCAGCAUCAGCGAGCUGAAGAGGAGCUUCAUGGAGUCCGUCCCGGAACCACGCCCCAGCGAGUGGGACAAGCGCCUGUCCACCCACUCGCCUUUCCGCACGGCCAGCAUCAACGGCCAGCUGCAGUCGGCGCCAGACGGGGCGCGGACGGCCUCCCUAUUGGCUGCUGACAGAAUAGUCUGCGGAGUAUCAGAGUGGGGGAGGCGUCCUCUAUUUGACUACCAGGUAAGAUUAUUGAGGCAGCAGCGACAGCAGGCAUCCUGGGCCCCUGGGAGGCCGAUGCUCCCCCCAGACCAUCUGCAGGAGGAGGACGAGGAGGAUUACACUUCAGAUGAUUCUGAGGAGGAGGAGGAGGAGGAGGAGCGGGACCGCUGCCGGGGUCACACCCUGAGGGUCUCAAUCGACGUGCCCCAGAAAGACGAGGAGCCGAUGAACGGGGACUCGGUCUGUCAGCUGAACCCGGCCUCACUCCAGGUCCAGGCGUCCCACCUCCCCUUCUCCCUCCUGUCCGCCCUGCUGCUCCUGUUUCUCACUCUGUGCUGGCUGGUGUUCGUCUGACCGGGCCCCGGUGCGCCUCCUGCCGCGGCGGACCACCAACACUAAGUACUGUGGGCUCCUUAAAGGACAGAGGAGGAGUUUUCCGGCUUCAUCCAAACGGUUUUCCCUUCUACUUAUUCACGGUUACCCUCUGUUCCUUUGUACGGAGAAACAAACUCCUUUUGGACAAUAGACCUGAGGUUUUGGUGCAUUGAGGACUUCUGUCAGGGCUUUUUUCAGGAGUUGGGAGCUGCACUUGGCAAGAACGAUUUUCUGUAACUUUUACUUAUUCAAUAUUCCACGGUGAAAAUAAUAGGAAAGCCUUCCAUUGUCACUGACUAACUUUGACUGCCAGAGCAACCGUUGCCUGUAAACUGAAAGAUGUAAUUUUCUACUCUACAGAUGUCUCUCUGUGGGCCAAAUCCCAGCAUCCACUGGGCCUUACCUGAAUUGAAAGUAAGGCUGCCAUUGGCAUGUCAGUGGGUGGCUGCGUGAAAAUAUUACUUAAGUGGAAGUCAGUAGUAGCUGUUCCUUAAGCGGAGUUGACACAGGCAGCCCAGUUCUGUUGUUUCUCUUUUAAAACAAAUUGGACUUCUGACCAAUCAGAUCAGCCCUGACAAAAAAGAUCUGAUGUAAAAUGUGAAACUAAUCAACUGUCAAAUGUCUUUAGGGUUGAUCCGAUUUGGCGUGACAAAACAUUUUUUGGGGCUGGCUGUUUAAAACCCAGGCCCUGUUCACACUUGGUUGUAGUAUAACAGAGAGAUGUUGGGUCUGUCAGAGGGCCGGAUGGGUCUCAGUUCGAACCUGAUGUCUCUCAAGAACCAAGCAGGAAGUCACAGACAGGAAGACAAUGUACUCAGCCGGUUGGGACAAUGACCGAUGAGAUAACGUGACGAUCAGGUUCCUAUUCCAGGCUAAGAUCGCUCGUGACUGGAGAUGAACUGAAACGCGUCGCCGUCGUUGGACUCUGUAUGGCUACGUGCUUGCCCCCGACUGGCACACAGUUCUCUUUGGAGGAGUGCAUUCAUUGUGCCCAGAACCAUUCAAAAGUAGUGCACUUCCCGAGAGAACAGGGUGUCCUUUGGGACACGUGGUGUAGUGUUUACCUGACAGACCAAGACAAACACAGUGAACACUGGUUGUGAACCUUGCACUAUUGUCGACUGUAGCCUCCUCCUCUGCUUUGAAUCAAUCCUGCGUAUUGAAACAAUCAUCUUAAGCAUCUAGAGAGAGAGAGAAAGAAAGAAAGAGAUGGAAGAGAGAAGUGAGGAGAGGGAAAAAGAAAGGGGAGAGAGGUAAAGAGGUCGAGAGAGAGGUAGCAAAGUCAGGUGGUCGAUGUCUUCUUUACAGAUUAUGUGGCUUUAUCCUUCAGGCUGGUUAGAUGAUAGACUAUAAAACACAAUGUAUGAAUCCUACACAUCAACCACCUGGUAGUUAUGCAUUUGACUUUUGAGUUUGGAUUGAAGAUGCAGUCUGACUGUCGUACAGACUUUAGAAUGAUGAUAACAUACCAGAUAUAUAUGGAGUCCAAAGCCAUUGAAUUGCUAUUUCAGAUUUGUACUCUCGAAGGGUCUUUUUUUUUUUUAUAAUCUUGCCUCGUCUCUGCAGCCCAGUUGGACUGAUUGGUAUGCUGCAGUUGGAAAUACUCUGGGAAGUAUUGUUUACAUGCGGUGAUGGUGGAACUGUAAAAUGAGAAUGUGCAUGCAAGUGUGAAUCAUCUAGCUGUAUACUUGUGUUAGCAUCCGUGAUAAUACCUGAUGCAGAAUUGUAGAGGCUUGGGUCAGCAGAAAGCUGCACUGCAAGUUAGCAAUGCUAGAAUUGAUGUUCACUCACUGUGAAACUGCCUAAAGAAAAAGCAAUCAGGACUGCUAUAUUGAUCUAGUUUGACUUCUGUUCUCUUGAUGGAUUUUGUCUCUCAUCCUUCAUUAUUCAACAUCUUUUCUCAUAAUGGAGCUGGAGACCAUAAAGAUUCAUUUGAACCGUAAAGAAAGGUUGUGAAAGGAAUUUGCCAACUGAAAUAAAUGCAUCUAAUUAGGCAUGUUUACUCUGGAUAUCUCUACUGUAUGUGUAACCUAGGAGACAAGUCAUUUAGAAGUGGUUACCAUAGAAAUACAAUGCAUAAAUAUUA